UUCAGUUCUUUCAAUAAUCAGUGAUACGAUGACAUAUCAGCAAAAUAUGUACAAUUAAUAUAAUUAUUCACAUUUAUUGCAAAAAUAGGAAAAUGGGAUUUAAAUGUUGAACCAGCUGAUUGUAUUCAAGUUUUUCAUAUAAGGACAGUUGGCAUAUAUCAUGCUGCGAUAAAACAAAAACAGUAAUGCAUCCUCUCAGAUGUACUGAAAUAAUAUAUUUAAUAGAUACAAACUAAUCUACCUAAUCGUUAACAAGUCAGUAAUAAUGUUAAAUUAGUAAAACCCGUAUUGCAGAUACGCAUACCAAAUUACCAAUGAUGAACUAGCACAGGAUGGAUACACCAUAAUGUGAAAAAAUAUGGAAAUACUAACUCUAUGUUACAUUUAACAAUUAAUGAUAAUAGACUCGCUUACAUCGAAAUACCAAACAUGCCCUCGGCGGGGUAUGAACAGUUUGAAGAAGAGGGCGGCGCACAAGAGAAAACAGUUGAACUUAGUUUCUAUAAGAACAGAGCUAAUUGGUACCAAUGGCGAACUUUGACUCGCAUGUUCGCCUCAGAAAUAUUUGGGACGGGCUCAAUGGUGAUGAUGGGACUAUUAACCAGGUCUACUGGGGGUCCAGUGCUACACAUGGCACUGUCUUGUGGGUUAUCUAUGUUCUUACUAAUGGCGGCGUUGAUGCACGUAAGGUAAUUAUCCCUCAGAAAUAUUAACGUACAAUGAGUAACCUAUCAUGACAGCACAAAUCUACAGAUUGUGUAAUAAAUCGUACGAGUCGUACGAUCCUGAAAGUGUAUUAAUAAAUCAAAUCAAACCAUAGGCUAAAGGUUUA